UUGAAUAAAAUAAAUUUAUUUUUUUUACCAAAAUGGGUAAAAAACAUUCAAGAUCACGAUCAAGAUCUCGAUCACGAGACAGAAAACGUAGAAGGGACGAAAAAUUUGAAAAGUUACAGGCACAAAUGGAUAACCUCACAACAACCGUAAACACAUUGGCCCAAAGCAUAAUAUCUUUGAAAACGAAUGCUGUAACUGUUGAAAAUACAGUCACAAAUAAUUCAGAAGUUGGCUUAAGUAAUGAUACUGAGAAAAGCACAGAUGCUUUGGUGGAAAUAAAAACAUCCCCACAGGUAACUGAGACGACUCCAGAGAGUCAAGCUGAGCAAGUAUCAGCCAAGGACAGUGCUAGCAAAAUCCUCGGAAUGGACCAAACUUGUACUUACAAAGAAGCUAAGUACAUGUCAGAAUUAAACAACACGUGGUCCAAAUGGAUGAUUGAAGGUCUUCCCGAGAAAAAUAAAAAAGACAUACUGGAGUCUUAUAAUACGAAAGGAGAUUUCUAUACAGAAUCCCCUAAGCUAAAUUUAGAGUUAGGGCCUUUAUUAACUGACAUCGCCAAGAAAAGAGACCAGCAUUUCGCGGAUACGCAAAGCUGUGUCGGUACGGCGUUAUCUGCAUUAGGUGCGGCUGUCUCAUUAUUGCUAGAGCCACCGGAAGAGGGCUUGGACGAAGAUCUGUUUACAGAUUACAUAAGCCAUGCAGGCCAAAUCUUGUCAGAUGUUUACUACCAACAAUCAGUGGCAAGAAAAUCAUACAUCACACCGCAACUUAAUAAAAAUAUUAAACCGCUGGUAGAAACUAUGAUAUCUAAAGAAUGGCUGUAUGGGGAUAAUUUAAAAGACAAAGUCAAAGACAUGAAAGAAAUUGAAAAAGCAUGUGCCGACAUUAAAGAUAAACCUGCAAAAGUGACAACAAAGACCCGUGACCAGGGAAACGGGAAAUACCCACCGGCGAGCAAUCGUCAGGUGGGUUAUCAACAGAAACGUCGAGUGAUAAAAUUCAGGCCGAAAUCUUACCCGUCGACGCAACGUCCAUCGAAACCAGUCUCUCGGACGACGAGCCAGUCAUCAUCCAGGAAAUAA